AUGAAUUGUUUACUCAGCGACGAUUGUUUAACCAAGCACGAAACAAAAGUGAAACAGUUUGCACUGAACUACGAACGGAUAGCAUGGAGCUGCGUCAUAGGUUCCUUCCCCGAGGAUCCGACGACUGUAACGUCGCCGGAGGAAGUGAAGGAGUGUUUUAAGAGAUUUAAUUCGUUGUUUGAUCAGGCGUACCAGAAGCAGUUUGUGUGCGUCGUACCUGAUAGUAAGCUCUGGGACGAAAUCAAAGUUUCCCUAGCCAGAAAGCUUGUUGGGGUGUAUCGAGGGAAGAAGACAGAGAAGUUGGCGUUGAAGCUUACGAAAGAAAGUGAAAUAAUUGAGUAA